UAAUACUAGUUAUAAACCAUUAAUUGUAAAUAUGAUCUAGCGAAGGUGCUUAUAAAUGUAUUCGUGUUCUCUAUAAGUUUUUAUUUGUUUCUAACAUAUUUUUCUCGUUCUCCUUAAAUAAACGCUUUUUGAAAAGAACGAAAUUGUUUUUAAAUUAAGGGAAAGGGUGCUUAAAUUGCAAUUUACUGAAAUUUACAAACAGUUUAAUCAAUCUGCUGUUUUGAUUUAAGACAAACUACUUGUUAUUGUUGUAUGUGUGUGCCUGUGUGUAUAUACCUGGGAAAGCAAUGCUCUAACUCUUAUUAAUUAUGAAUCGCAGAGGAAUUAACGCAAACACAAAUUUAAGUUCACAAUCUGUCAUGGAUGAUGCCAGUUGGAAGAAUGUUAAUGUGCCCGAGAAUGCUUCCAUGAUGGGUGGUGGCAAUAACAAUCCAGCUCUUAAUCCAGACACCUCAAAUCAGGGUGGCUUUUCACAAGGCAAUUUGCCAUAUGGUGGUUCAAAUACGCCAUAUUCGCAAGGUGGCCAAAAUUCACCGGCCGGCAAUCAACCUCUUGUGUUUCCCAAUGCAAAUCCAACGGGCUCAAACACACCGCAAUAUACUUCGUCGCCAGCACCAUCGGGCUCAUCGACACCGGGACCAGUAGCGCAGCAAAAUAUGUCAGGACCUUAUCCGCAGCCAGCCAAUUCGGGAAGUUUCAAUGGACCGGUGGGAGGACCGUUUGGCUCUCCGUCGUCUGGCAUGGGACAAUUUAGCCGCCCGGGUAGUUCGGGAACGCCAUUCAAUAGUGGGCAAGGUGGCCAUUUUCCUGGUCAAGUUUUCAAUGUUGGCGGUCAAUUCAACUCUUUACCUCCAGCCUCACCAUUCGGUCACGGCGGAGGCCAUCCUAUGAUGGGCGGACCACAUCAAAUGGAUCGAAUCGAUCCGGGCUUUAGACGUCAUAAUUCGUACUAUAGCCAUACGGAACAUCGUGUUUUCGAAAUGAACAAACGCCUGCAGCAGCGAACUGAUGAAAGCGAUAACUGUUGGUGGGAUACUUUUGCGACGGAAUUUUUUGAGGACGAUGCUAAACUAACAGUCGUCUUUUAUUUGGAAGACGGACUUAAACGCUAUACUAUCGGGCGCACUUUGAUCCCACGGUUUUUCCGUAGUAUUUAUGAAGGUGGAGUUUCCGAUUUAUAUUUUCAACUGAGAAAUGCCAAGGAAUCGUUUCACAACACUUUAAUUACUUUAGACUGUGAUCAAUGUACGGUGAUUACACAGCAUAAUCAGCUUGGUAAGUUUUUUACGGAAGUUUGCGCAGAGGCUCGUCUUAUUUUAGAAUUUUUAUACGACGAUUAUAUGCGUAUUAAAUCCUGGCACAUGACAAUCAAAGGUCAUCGCGAACUUAUACCCCGAAGUGUAAUAGGAACACCUAAUAUGACGCUAGAGCAGAUAACUAAAAAUAUAACGCGUGCGGGUAUAACAAAUUCCACUUUGAAUUAUUUGCGUCUAUGCGUAAUUCUGGAGCCAAUGCAAGAGCUUAUGUCCAGACAUAAAGCGUAUUCAUUAACGCCUCGUGAUUGCCUGAAGACGACCCUUUUUCAGAAGUGGCAAAGAAUGAUCGCUCCGCCAGGAAAAAAGGACGCGCAGAGGCCGGCGAACAAAAGGCGCAAAAGAAAAGGGUCAAACUCGGGCGGGGGCGCAAACGCAAACACACCACCAGUGAGUAACCAAAAGCGUUCCCCGUCCGGUCCAAAUUUCUCACUGUCUAAUCAAGAUGUAAUGGUAGUUGGUGAACCAACUCUUAUGGGCGGCGAAUUUGGCGAAGAAGAUGAACGACUUAUAACCCGUUUAGAAAACACUCAAUACGACGGAACCAAUGCUAUGGAUCAUGAAAACCAUACUGGAUUCGGUCACUCAGAUUCGCCAAUAUCCGGUUCCAAUCCUUGGAAUAUAGAUAGAACGGGCGCUAUACCCUCUAGUCCCGGUGGCGGACCAGUACAGAAUAAUGCGAAUCUAGCCGAUAUAGAUAAGAAGAGUCCCAUCGUAUCGCAGUAAAUUUGUAUAUGUAGUGCGUACGAAUUUAGAAGAUAAAGAAGAUAGGCAUUGAACACAUUACACAUACUUAUAUAUGAGUAUUUAAAUUAAGAUAUAAAUUUACGGAGGAUAUGCGAAAUAGGAGUAAACGCCAAUAAUUGCAACAAGCAACGUAUUGUAUUAAAGUAAAAAAAAAAAAGAAGUUAAUCAUGAAUAAACAUUUAAUAUAGUUUUAAAUAAA